UUCGUCUCUGCGAUACACCCCUUCCCAUCUGUUCUUAGUGCGGAGGGCUGUUUUCAGUUCACAAACCCUACCCCUUCUUCUUAAACACCUGCUCUGCCUUGGUCUAAAACGACUGAAAGCUUAACGUCUCUUUGCCCCUCUUACAGACAGCGCAGAAUUUGCCCUCCGUUUCGGUGGGAGAGUUUACUCCAACACACUGGCUGCUGAGGCGUACAAUGGACAGCGUUGGGAAGGAAAAUUGAUAAUUUUCACGGAAGAGUAAUUUGAAUGAAAUCACUGUUGACAAGCAGUCUCCGAGCAAAGCGGGGCGGGAGAGAGUCUGUGAACUAAGCGUCGAGGACUGUCCUAGGUCACUACCCGUGGGUGCUUCCUGGGAACCAAAAAAAAAAUCAAACACCACAAUCAAAAAAAGGGGGCUUUGACGAUCUUACUGAGGGCUUUGUUAAAUCGCGUACUGCAGCAACAAAAAGGCUAGCAACAAUGGAAGAGAACAUGGAAGAGGGACAGACACAAAAAGGGUGCUUUGAGUGCUGCAUCAAAUGCCUGGGCGGCAUCCCGUACGCGUCACUCAUCGCCACCAUCCUGCUGUACGCUGGGGUGGCACUCUUCUGCGGCUGUGGCCAUGAGGCUCUCUCUGGCACCGUCACCAUCCUGCAGAACUACUUUGAGGUGGUGAGAGGACCCGUGGACUCCCUGGACGUCUUCACCAUGAUCGAUAUCUUUAAGUACGUGAUCUACGGCGUGGCGGCAGCAUUCUUCGUGUAUGGCAUCCUGCUGAUGGUGGAGGGCUUCUUCACCACCGGGGCCAUCCGGGACCUGUACGGAGACUUCAAGAUCACAGCCUGCGGCCGCUGUGUCAGCGCCUGGUUCAUCCUGCUGACGUACGUCUUCAUGCUGGCCUGGUUGGGUGUCACCGCCUUCACCUCCCUCCCUGUCUUCAUGUACUUCAACAUCUGGACCCUCUGCCAGAACACCACCGUCGUCGAGGGGGCCAACCUGUGCCUGGAUCUACGCCAGUUCGGGGUUGUGACCAGCGGAGAGGAGAAGAAAGUCUGCACUGGAUCUGAGAAAUUCUCCAAGAUGUGCGAAUCUAACGAGUUGGACCUGACGUUCCACUUGUUCAUCUGUGCCCUGGCUGGGGCCGGGGCGGCGGUCAUCGCCAUGGUGCAUUACCUCAUGGUGCUUUCUGCCAACUGGGCUUAUGUGAAAGAUGCAUGCAGGAUGCAAAAGUACGAGGAUAUCAAAUCUAAGGAGGAGCAGGAACUCCAUGACAUCCACUCCACCCGCUCCAAAGAGCGACUCAACGCCUACACAUAAAACGCACAUUCACACACACACACACACACACCCGCACGCAUACAUACACACACACAUAAACACACACACAUUUGUGCACGCCUGUCUCUGCUUUGCUUGGUUUUUUCGGGGUUGAUGGGGUGGGUGGGGGGUUUGGGUUCAAUGUCGUUCACUGAGCUUAAGAGUGUGUCACAGGAUUGUCUCUGGGCGGGGCUUGUAGGUCACCCUGACGACGCUCCUGGUGAAGACAAUUACAUAUUUCUUUUCUUCCUCCUCAUCCUCUUGUUCUUCUUCUCCUAAUUGCACCAGUACCUUUGACUUCACUUCAGAGACAGUGAAUUGUUUUGUUUUAUCUUUUUAUUUAAUUUUUAUGCGAGUGACUUACAAUCCUAAUUCUAACUAUUUCUGAAUUUUACCAUUUAAUUAUUAAUGUCAUUGAGUGUUCCUGGUGAUAUUUAUUUAUGCUCAUGUUGGCGGGGUGGGGUGGUGGUGGGGUGAUGGGUAUCUAGACCGUUUUUCACCAUUGUGUAACUGAUUUGUAUGUUUUUAAAGAAGGUCUCAUUUUACAGGGCUCCACUCAGAUACACCUUUUGAUUAAAAGACCAAAUUCUGACCAAACUUUUUACAGGUAUCAUUUACAGGUGAAUAACACAAGCUGCCCUGUGAUGAGCAUCAACAGUAUAAAUGUACAGAUUCUUUUCCAGCAAAUUCUGUAUUGGAUAAGAGUGCCAGCGAUUUUUAAAAAAAGAACCUUAAAGUGACUUUUUUCAUACUGUCAUACUGUAGCUUGGCCUAACUGCCAGAAAAAAUAGCUGUUUACCAACUGUGUUAAGUCUGUAAUGGCACUGACAUUUGUCUUUGAUAGUGUCAGCUUGUGUGAGACUGAUGGGUAAUGAUUGCUGAAGUGGUAAGAUAACGAUGAUGAUGAUGAUGAUGAUGAUGAUGUCAAAGAGGACAGGAUACAGAAUAAUUUUUUUCAGAAAGAUCGGCUUUUUUAGGAUUUGUCUCGGACAGACUCUGUACAUAAAACCACGCUUUUUCAUCCAAGUCAUACAGUCACAUGCAAAUACCAUUUUACAAUGUUUUUGUUUAUUUGUUUCAAGCAAGACUUUUUAAAAGCAAAGUAUUUUUUGUCAGUAUUCUGCACUGUAUAUAUAUCUCUAUAUAAAUUCUAUACAUAUAUGUUCAAACACUUCAAUUUCAGGUCAUUUCAUAAGAGCAUAAAACACAUCUCAGUGGUUAUAUUUGGGUGAUAUUCUUCUGCAAGUUACCAGUCAGUUUAAAUUGUGAAAAAAUCUUGUGUGGGUGACUUCCCUGUGGUGGUCUUGGACCUCCACAAGGAAAAGGCGGAUAUCACACAUAGAAAGAAACAAAACUUGGUUGUUAAGCUACUUACUAAACGACAUUAAAUGUCACUUUAAAAAAAAAAGUAUAAAUAUAUAUAUUAUUCUUGAUUAUGGACCAAACUUGAUGUUUUGGAUCUGUCUUGCCUACUUAUAACUGCAGUACAGUGUCUCAUAAUUUUGUUGCCUGACAAUACCUGUUUUGUCAGUGUUUCAAAAAGCUAGUUUUGUGCACUUAUUGAACCAUUGUGAGCUCUUUCUUGGUGUAAGUGCAUUUUUAUCCAAUUCAGAGAUGAAUCUCUGUGCAGUUACUAGUCUUGCAGCAUUGUUUUUUAACCAAACUUGUAUUAAUGUAGGUAAAGACCGUGACUCUAGAUGUUAAUUGUGGCAUGGUUAUGCAUUUAAAUGGUAAUAGUUUACGGAUUCAAAAGUAUUUUCUGUUUCUUUUUUUAUACACUUCGACUGUCUUGCUGGGUCAACUGUUUUCUUAAAUGUGCGAUAUAACAGUUACGGCGCUAACAGUAUUACGCUGAAUAUCUUUACUAGGUUGUAGUGUUUGAUUUGUGUCUUUAUAUAGUUUGUGAUGAUUUUCAAACCAUGUCUUAACCUGAUACUUGUAAUGAUGUUGCGUAUUCAGUAUUAAUCUGGCCAUGCUUUUCAGCUGCUCAUAUUAGUCUUUUGUACUUUCACAAAGAAUGCUUUGUAGCAGGCUGUUUUGUACAUAAAUGUCCCAACAGCUUGACGGUGGCUUUUUUUUCUGAACUGUAGGAACAUAUUUGCUUGCGUAAGUAAAAUACACUUGUGUUAAUAAUGAA